GCGGAGGCGGCGGAGGCGGCGGGCCCGGCCCGCGGAGCGCGCAGUACAUGGUAAUUCUAUCACCUUCUGGCCAUCCCAAUGAUGAAAUCAGAAGCUAAGGAUGGAGAAGAGGAAAGCCUGCAGACAGCAUUCAAAAAGCUGAGAGUUGACACAGCUGGAUGUACCACUUCUCUCUCUGUGGGUGAUGGGACAAGUCCCAGAGCAGUAGUUAGAACAGUGGCAGAUGAAACCAAGCCUAAGAAUGUGUGUGCUUCUAAGGAAACCUGGCAUGGGUCUGUGAAGAAGCCCUCGAGAGGAGUUGUGAGAACCCAGCGUCGCAGGCGUUCCAAGUCUCCGAUUCUUCAUCCUCCCAAGUUUAUCCAUUGCAGCACAAAAUCCCAUUCCACAUGCAGCCAGCUGGUGCAGAAGAGCCAUGCUGAUGCCCAGGAGGACAGCAGUGGGUUUGGGAUGCCAGUCCCAAAGGAAGCUUGUGCACACGAACGCUGCAGCAUGGCUCCGGAUGCCGGCCAGAAGGGAGCUGAUGAGGCUUUGGGAGUUUCUGUUGCACGGUUGACAUCGGAGAACACUCAGGAGAACUCUCCAGCUGCAGCUUCUCCAGCGUCCAAAACAAGCCUAAAGACUACAGAGCUGUCUGACUUCCAGUCUAUGUCCAAGCUGAACACGGCUGAGCCAUGUGCAUGUGCAGAUAAAGCCUGUCAGUGCAAACUGUGGCAAGAUAUGGAAGUGUACAAAUUCUCUGGCUUGCAGAGCAGCCUCCCCCUGGCACCUGACAGAACGGUUUGUGAGGAUCACUCCCAGCCUUUACCAUCAAGAACUCCCUCAAGUUCUCCACGCUCUUGCUCUGAGCAAGCCAGGGCCUUUGUGGAUGAUGUGACAAUUGAAGAUCUUUCAGGAUACAUGGAGUAUUACUUGUAUAUUCCAAAGAAAAUGUCUCACAUGGCAGAAAUGAUGUACACCUGACAGCAAGGAGCACUAAAACCAGAAGGGUGGCUGGUUUAAAUCUGCCCUCAGGCACAUCAUGUGAAUAUGCAACCCACUCCCUGCUCACUGUGCUUGCAAUAAAAACACUUCUUUGCAUCUCA